ACAAACAACAACAAACAAGGAGCAAGGAGGAGGCGAAGGAGGAAGGAGGCAUCACACACCGACCGAUAGAAACUGAUUUGUGUGGGUGUGCCGUUUAGUGACGGGCAAGUCUGGAUCGGUGUCCUGGUGCAGGAUAGAGGGUUGCCGUUGCCAGGCAGAUGAGCUGCUGCAAGGACCCUGUGGCGGCUAUGUCCUGAAAACCGCUCGUCGGCCCGUCGCCAGCCGGGCCCUGCUCUCCUCUUGUCUCGGGCAAUAAUCACACUCGAGACUGGAGGUGAUCUUUCGCAGGGAUGGAGCAGGAACCAAGGAAAGCAUCGCACGACAAAAAGUGUCAACAAAAGUGCACUUAUCGAUACAUUGCAUACAUUGAAGAAACAUUCCACAAUCAUGGAGAAAGAGUGGCACAAAAUCCGAGAAUGUGUAUACUGAUUGCAUUCUUGUCUGUCCUGGCGAUGGUGGCUGGAUUUCUUUGCUUUAGGCAAGAGAGAAAUCCACUUCGCUUGUGGAUACCUGAGGACUCUCACUUUUACACUGAUACAAAUUGGUUAAUGGCUGAGUAUGGCGAAGGCCUAAGAUUACAAACUGUUCUGAUCACUGCUCCAGAUGUCCUACAGCCAAAUGUAAUGCAACAGCUUUUGAAAAUCCAUGAGUUACUUGUCAACCCUAUAGGUCCAACAACUGCUUGGGAAGAUAUUUGCUUCAAAGUCCCAAUUAUUGGUUUUAAUGUAGAGGAGUCAAGAAUACGUCGAGAAGUGGAAGGAUCUAGAUUGUCUGACGAGAUCAAUACCUCAUUCAACGAAGCCUUUUUUAAAGAAGGUGCGAACCCAAGUGUAUCUGGACCCCCCAAUAUUCAGCAAAUGAUGACCGAUGAGACAUUUGAUCCAUCAAUUCUACUUGGUACUACUUUGUACUGUAGCAUAGUCAAAAACAUGGAACUUGGUUGUUUGCAACAGAAUCUGUUAGAUCUCUGGAGGUUCAGUGAAACUAAAAUGAGGAAUCUCACCAAGGCAAAAAUGAUAAGUGAUCUCAAUAGUACAAUAUUUAGCCCAACUUUAGGGCACCCAAUUUCUUAUAAAUCACUACUUGGUGGCAUAACUUAUGAUGAAAAUGGAGUCAUAAUUUCUGCCAAAGCUUUGAUGACUCUGUAUGCAGUUCAUGUCAACUUUUCAACUGUGAAUAUGGAUGAGGUUGGCAACCAAGGUGGCACUGCAGAUUGGGCAAAUGGACCAGGUCUAGAAUGGGAAUCCUAUUUUUUAAAAAUAAUGCACAAAGUUGCUGCAAAUAGCACAGGGAUGGAAAUUUUCUAUGAAGCUGGAAGAAGCUUUGGAGACAUAAGUGCUUCAGGAAUGUUCCAGGACAUGGACAAAAUUUUCAUUGGUGUAAUUUUAAUGCUGGUUUACAUUCAAGUGCAACAGACCAACAGAAGCUGGGUAGAAACUCGAAUGAUACCCAGCAUGGUAGGCCUCCUGUGUGUUGGCUUGGCUUUUGUGUCAUCAUGUGGCCUCUGUUCUCUUGUGGGUAUUCCCUAUGGCCCUGUUCACACAUCCCUCCCCUUCCUGUUAUUGGGAAUCGGUGUUGACGAUAUGUUUGUAAUACUCAACUGUUGGAACUCAUUACCAAACCAAGAUAAAAUCUUACCAAUACCCCAACGCAUGGGAGUGGCUAUGCGUCAUGCUGGUCUAUCAAUCAGUAUCACAAGUGUCACAGAUUUUGUGGCAUUUUUGAUUGGGUCUACAACUAUUUUACCUUCUUUGCGAUCCUUCUGCUUGUACGCUGGAGUGGGGGUGCUCAUAACAUUCAUUCUUCAGUCAACCCUUUUUGUGGCUGCUCUUGCCCUUGAUCAAACACGCCUGGAAGCAGGGCGCAACUGCGUGAUACCAUGUGUGCGGCACACACCGCCAAAACUCCAUGAUGUUGAGUACUUUUCGCAGUGCUCUUACGGUCUUAAUUUUAUUUAUUCGAAUGUAAUCAUGACCAAAUUUGGAAAGAUAUUUGUUAUUCUUGUAACUGUUGUGUUUGUGAGUGCUUCGGUUAUCGGAAAUUUAAGAAUUAAACAAGAGUUUAAGCCUGAGUGGUUUUUGGACAAUGAAAGUCAUCUGUACAAGUUCCUAGAGAAACGCAAUGAAUUCUUCCCUGACUUUGGCAAUAGUGCUGGAAUAUACAUGGGUCAACUGCACUAUAAUGAAGAAUUGAAAAAAAUUGGGCUCCUUGUUGAGCAGUUAAAAAAUCACAGUGAUAUUUUAAUGAAUGUUGAAGACUGGUGGUCAGGUUUUCAAAGAUAUGUGAAGUUCCACUUUAGGAAAGACAUAGAGAGUGAAGUUCUCAGUGAUAGUGAUUUCAAUCAAUAUAUAUCUCAGUAUCUUUUUAGUCCAUCUGGAGCUCGCUUUCAAAAAAACUUCAGGUUCUCUGAGCCUCUUGAGUGUGGCAAACCGGCCUCCAAUAUUACUGUUGCCAGUAUUGACUUUUUCUUCAGAAAAUUUGAAAGUUCUGAACAAAGUGUACCUGCAAUGAAUGCUGUGAAAUUCCUGGUGGUGAAUGCCAACUUUACCUCUGGUGACCGAUUUGCUACUGUGUGGGCAAAAGUGUUUGCUAAUUGGGUCACUGAUGAGGUGAUUGCAUUUGAACUUGUUCGAAACAUUGUGCUGGCUAUUUUAGCUGUGGCAGUAACAACAUUUAUUCUCCUGGGAUCUAUAUAUGCAAGCGCUUUGGUUCUCUCAUGUGUCAUUCUUACUCUGGUGAACACCAUUGGAUAUAUGUACUUUUGGGGUUUAACCAUUGACCUUGUUUCAAGUAUUGCUUUGGUCCUGGCUGUCGGUCUGUGUGUUGAUUUUGCUGCCCACAUUGCCUAUGCAUUCAUGGGUGUUAAAGGGCCCCGGAAUGAAAGAGCGAUGUUUGCGGUGUCUUACAUUGGAGGUGCAGUUUUACAUGGUGGAGCGACCACUUUGUUAGCCCUUUCAGUCCUUGUCUUUUCUAAUUCUUACAUCUUCACUGCAUUUUUCAAGGUAUUCCUUUUGGUAAUAGUACUUGGACUUUUCCAUGGUAUUGUCUUUCUGCCAGUUGUCUUGAGUGUAAUUGGCCCAAAACCUUAUCCAAAUGCAAAGCAACUUCAAUGUAACAUUGUUAAUGACCAAGCUUUAGAGCCUGUGAAUGAAGGGCUGUCAUUCAUCUCAUGAAACUUGUCUUCCCAUUGUUAUUUUCCUUCUUUGGGAAGAACCUUCCCUCCAGUCGGGUGAUAUCAAUGCAACCUUUUACUCAGUAUUAUUGUUUUAUCAAAACAGCACAUUGUAAAUGUAUUUAGAAAUAAUACAUGAAAUUUUAUGUCAUGAUUUUGUUUAAAAAUAUUUGUAAUUCAUUUUUUUCUUUGAAAAUACUUAUGAUUUAUUUUCUUUGUCAAUGUUAGUGAGAUUAUUUUAUGGAUGUUUAAUUUAGCAGUCGCAAUCGUUGCUAGCUUACUUUCUUUCUUUCUCUUUUUAUGUUCUAGUCGAUGCAACUUGUGAUAUUGGUCACCUGACCAUUUUAACGUUGCUUAACUUUUGACUUCGCCAAUUAGAAAAUAAAGUUUCUUUGAAAUCUUUGUUUACUACUG